AUGGGACCUAAGAAGCGGAACAAAGGUGGGGGCGAGGCAAAGAAGCGUGCUGAGGAUGAGCAGCCGAAGAACAAAGACGGCGAAUCCAGCGGGACCGACGAGCACUCCUCUUCCGGACAACCAGCAAAAAAGAAGCAACGCCUGUGCACACCUAGAGACUUUGAGCCUCCUGCUGAGGCGGACGAUGACGAGGACGAGGUCGUCGCGACGGAAGCUCCAGCCAAGGGAAAGCGCAAAGCGGAGACUGACGAACAGAAAGAGGCAAGGAACAAGAGUGAUCGGGAGCGACGUGCCAGGAACAAGGCCGCGGGGAUUCAAGGACCGAAGCAAAAGCGCACACUGACUGAAGCACAGAGGGAGGCAAAGAGGAAGAAUGACAAGAGCAGAAAGGCCGCGUGGACUCCGGAACAGAGAGAGGCAUCGAAUAAGGCGAGGCGGGAGUGGGAGCAGAAGAGAAAGAAAGCGCGGACUCCGGAACAGAGGGAGGCAGAGAGACAGGCGAAGCGGAAGGGGGAGCAGGAGAGAAAGGCGAAGCGGAAGGGGGAGCAGGAGAGAAAGGCGAAGCGGAAGGGGGAGCAGGAGAGAAAGAAAGCGCAGACUCCGGAGCAGAGGGAGGCCACCAACAAGUCGCGGCAGGAGCAGGAGCAGAAGAGAAGGAAAAUGCGGACUCCGGAACAGAGGGAGGCAGAGAAUAAGGCGAGGCGGGAGUACGAGCAGAAGAUAAGGAAUGCGCAGACUCCGGAACAGAGGGAGGCCCAAAACGAGAAAAGGCGCCUGAGGGGCGACUUGCGGUCGCAUGUCGAGCUUGUCGACCUUGCGAUCUGGAGCUGGCACAUUCUCCAUCCCCGCGAUCCGGCUCUUGACGAUACGCAGCCGGACGAAUAUGGCGGGUACUAUUGGUUCUGGCACAAGGAACAACUGAUAGCAGCACUCAAGUCUCGUGGUAUCCCGUCGCGCGGACCUGUCGAUGAGAUGCGCAGGUUUCUUCAGCUGGAGGAUGCUCUCAAUGGCUUGCUGCCACGACCAACGCCCAGCAGCGCUUCCAAGUUCCACGCCAUGUCAUCCGUCAACCUGAUGGCUGAGGCAGAACGCCUGGGGUACUGGAAGGGGAAGAAUCGUGCGACAGAUCAAUAUGGACAAGACAAGGAAGGUGAGGGGGCGAGGCCUGAUCGGAAGUCUCGUACCAGUGAGGAUUUAAUCGCGUUUCUUCUCAACAAGGCUGGUCCUGCCUCUCAGCUGGAGAAGAUCAUGCAAGAUGAACAGCUCGGUGACGAGGAGUCGGACGAGAGCUCCCAGGAGUCGUUCGAGGCUGACACUGCAGUAACACGGCAGUCAUUCAACGGUGGUGUGGUUGGUAGUCGGGCGGCACUCGGGAGCCUCGCCGACACCGUUUGGCGGCACAACUUUCCACAGUGGACUUCGUCUGUUGGCCUGCUGUGUGGCCCGAAUGCGCUGGCAAUCUCGAUACAACACCAACUGCUGACCCUCGGCCUGGGACUUCACCGAUUCACUGGGCACGAACUCAUGCGGAUGAUCAUCCCGGAAUACGGCCUUCCCGGUUCCACUCUCGAGAACGGCGACGUCACACAUGAUCACCUCAGCGAGGAGUUCAUUGCGUGGUUCAACGAGGAGCACGCAGACAAAUUCAGCCAAGACGAGGAAGGCGCCGACGAGGCUCUGGGACAGCAAUUGUCAGAAGUCACCAGAGUGGCUGAUCUUGACUACCAGCAGCUUGUCGCGAUUCUGGAAGUGGCGUUCCGCAACGGCCGCUUGCCUGUUCGACUUGGUCUGGGUGUUGAGAGCGCGUAUGUAGAUGAGGAUGGUGAGCUUCAUCCAGCCCUCGCACGCAUUAUGUGGCAGCCAGACGGCAACUCACCCAUCAUCUGGAUCCACAACAACAGAGCUCUCAGUCGCGAUGAAUACAAUCACUGGGAGGGACUUGGUGAAGGCACUGGGUCGAGGUUCGAGACAGCUUUCGAGUGGGGAUUGCUGGUACCUGAUGCGGCCGCACUGGUGAAAGCACGUCAGUCCUGGCGCAACGAUGCCAUGCAAAGCAUUACCGACAGAGUGCGCUCGAUAGCGGAUCGCCAUCGCAAUGGGCUGUCGAAACGCUUGAACAAACUGAGAAAGUUCUGUACGCCGUGUCGCGAUGGGGAUCGCCAGCAGUGCAAGCAAGUCCAAGACCAGGAGCAUUGCGAGAAUUGCGCGGACGAUCCAGACGACUGUGACAUGCCGGAGGAUACGAUGAAGCUCAAUUGGAAAGCGGCGAGUGAGCUUACCGCAGAAGAUCAACGACUUCGUGAGAAAGUGCUUGCCAGCGAAGAAGAACUCGAGAUGUACAGGCUAGCCCGGACGUACAAACCAACACUGCGUCCGGAAGGAGAGCACUGGCUGAUUCUUGGCUCUGCACGCUAUUCCAACGGGCCCGGGGAUCCAACAAUUGCUCAACAGGUGCAGACUGUCAUCAACUCGGUGCAUCAGUACGUCAACGUCGCCAACAACCCUCAAGAUCACGGUUCGCCGCAAGUCGCUGGGCACCUUGCUGGUCUUCCUACACAGCGAUAUUACCAGGUCAUCUCUCGGCAUGGCACCCGCCCAGUGCCCACUCAACUCGGCAACCUGGACGACCCAGUCCUCAGAGGCUUCGUCCGUUUCAUCCACCAGCUCCUCGACCCGAACAACGUCAACAACUUGCCGGUGGAGAUUCAUUUCGUGAUGUUCGGCCUCGCUGGAUUUUCGGUGGGAAUAGAGGGAUGGGGUGACAGGACGCGCGGCUUCUUCAAGAUGCUGCUUGAUGCAGACCAAGCGAACGGCACCAACGUAGCAGACAGCGUCUACCUGGUUUUCCUUGCGGAGCCUCACGUCGUGGACGGCAUCGCUCCUCACUGCCUGGAUCUGGAGGACGCUGUGAACUAUCCCAGGCCGGUUGGACCGCCGUCGCCAUACUGGUACAGGCCGCACCAUCCCGAUCGCAACAAGCCUUUGGAGAAGGUCCGGCUGAGGGAUGUGGUCGACAGAGCACAACAGCUGCGUGCGCAAGGUCACCAGAACCAGGUGACGGGAAUCAACAACCCGCCGCCGCCUUAUCCGGUUCCCAACGUCAACGUCGACCAGCUGGACAGACUUAUCAGGGACAUGCAGUCGGAGUAUGAGUGGCGCAGCGGCCAACUCGCCCCGCAGGGCGGUCCUGGACAAGUGUCCUCUCAGGUGGUGGGCUCUCGCAACGUCAACCGCAACGACGAGUUUCGCUGA